AAGAACUGACAGCUCUGACACACAUAGCUGUCAGAGCACACAGGCUUCCUUUAACACUUUAUUGGACCCAACUCAAGAGGAAAUCUACAGAUAGUCAGCAUCACUCAUUCUUUGGGUGAUUUCAGUGGCGUCCUCACCUGGUGACUAUUUUGUGAUCGUCUGACUUUUUGUUUUUCAAAUGAAACUAACACUCAUAUAAAGCUGAUUGUUACAUUCCUCACAGUCUACUCUUUCACCAUGGAUUUUGUUUUGGUGCUGAUACUUGCCUUCCUUUCCACUGGACAGAGUACCAGUGAGGUUGUGGAUCAAAAGUGGAAUUCAUGUUAUAUACUGUGCCCGCCUGGCUUUUAUAAAGUUGGUGGAUGUGAUGACCCAGUCGCAAAGUACAGAUGUGAAGAAUGCAAAAAUAACACAUUCACAACAAUAGAACACUCUUACACAAAAUGCGAGAGGUGCAGCACAUGUGCUCAUAAUGAGAAGACAAUAAAGUCCUGCACCCUUAACAGUAAUGUGGUAUGUGACUGUAUGGAGGGAUUCUACCUCAAGAAAAUGUUUUCUCACGACUCGCGUGAUUGUCGGGAAUGCACGUGUGAAAAGUGUGAAAAGUUGUAUAAUAUUCUUGACUACAGAAGGAAGUGCCAGCCCUGCCAAAGGUGUGUGGAAUGCAAGACGAGAUGUCCAGGAACCUCAUUUCCACCUUCUACAAAUUCAUCUUCAACUGCAUCUACGAGAACCACAGCUUCAAACAACUCGCCAAAUCCUUCUGUGAAGCCAGUUCCACUGAAUGAAAUGUCCUGGCAGGUUCUCGUGGUGGUUCUGGUGACACUUCUGUUAUUCCUUUGGCUCCUGCUGCUGUUCGCCAGGAGCCAGUUCAGAUAUCCAGACAGGUGUCUCUGCUGGAGUGUGAACAAACACCUGGAGCCGCCUCUCGAGGGCCCCGACUUCAGCGAACAAAGCAGUCAUCAAGACAGCAGCCCCAACACGCUGACAUUAUACAUAUCUGAGAAUACUCCCAUGAUGACUCUCAGUCAGGGUCCAGCCAUGCCAGAACAUCUAGCCCACGUCAGUCAUCAAGACGCUGAACACAAAGCCACCAGACAGCACGUUCAAUUGGAUCACUGGCCGGCCAUCGUCCUCUAUGCGAUCAUCAAGGAGGUGCCCCUGCGGAGGUGGAAGGAGUUCUUGCGUCUGCUCUCGGUGACGGAUCAGCAGCUGGAGCGGGUGGAGCUGGAGGCCGGUUUGGGUCUGGGCUCCAUGGAGAGGCAGUACCAGAUGCUGAGGCUGUGGAGCCAGUGUUCCUCCGCCACCCUGAACGAUGUCUUCUCGGCCUUGCACUACAUGGAUUUAUCCGGCUGUGCCCAGCUGCUGCAGGAAAGCCUGGAGAAGCUGCAGUUUAGGCCUGAACUGAAGCAAGGUUUCACAGCCGGCAGCAGCACAGAGCAUGCUUUCAAUGGGGCCUUGCACGACACCUGAGGCUGCACCAGUGCAUCAGUGCUUCAACCGUGGACGCCAGUCCCAGUAAAGGACAUUUCAAACUAUAGCUUCUACAUGGUACACAUGACUCAUACUGAGUAGUGCAGAUGUAUAUUAUAAUCAAGCUAAGAGCGGAGCACUGUGGAGAUCCUAAUGUGGUAUUUCCGCUUGUAACGUUUCCCACGUUAUCCCGUGAGUCUCGGACAGUAUACAGAGGAAGCAACGCACACACACAGCUGUAUCUGCAAGCUCUUGCCGUGCUCCUCUUCCCCGUCGCUACUGCUCCUUUUGAGGGAAGACAGACACACACACACACACACACACACGCACACACACACACUGAUUAACCCCAGCUGGGGCCGAUUAACCCUCACCCCAGCUGAGGUUGAUUAGACCUGUCCCGGCACCGUUCCUUGAACCCCCCCCUCCAGCCACUCUGCAGCUGAGCCUAACCACACCCCGCUGCCACACCGCUUUUCCUACAUCUUUUGGUAUUUGUAUAAUCAAAUGCACUCCAGAUAAGUGUAUACUGUUCCCUUCUUGAUUGCUUAUUGGGUUGAGCUUGUUGUGAUUGUGUAUGUGGUAAGAAGUAAGUGGUGAUACGGAAGAUACUUUGAAUUCUAAAGAAGAUUUUUUCAUACCUCCAGAGAUUGGUGCGUAUUUUAUAGCAUUGAGUCAAAUUCAAGACUCCUCUUCAGUUUGAGUAUUUAAACUGUGUGAACAUUUGUGUGUACAUCUAUGAUGUUUAAGUAGCACAACCUCGUCUCCUUUGAGAAUGAAUGUUGAAUGUCAACUCUUCAACUGCUCAUUCUCCUUGCGCACCCUAGUAAGGGAAGAAUACUGAAAUCCCCACAGGACGUCAGAUUUUCAGUUUCCUGCAAAUAAAUGUUGUCAAGGUGCUGAAGGCUGGGUUUUUCCUCACCACACGUAUUCCAUCUAAACUGAUGGUUUCCUGUUGUGGGGCUGGGGUAUCUCACAGAGUUUCUGUGUGUCAAUUCAGUUCCUGAAAGUCAAUGAUUUUCCAGUAAAUUAAGUUUCAAUAUGAAUCUAGGUCUGUGGUUUGUGGGUUUGGGCCUUGUGACAAAUGUAUGUUUAUUUUAUCAUCGAUAUAAUAUUUUUUAUUGAUUUAAAUUGUGUAUAUUUGCAUACAAAGCUCAUUGAGUGGUCUAUGAUACUGAAACUGUCAGGGUGAAGAAUGUUACCCACAUGGUAUUAAUAUGUGGUAAUAUGCUCAGUGCCCUCGUAAAGAAUAAAAAUG